GUAACAAGAUUACAAUUUAUAAGUAAUCUACGCAGCUUUGAUUAUAUUAUCUUUCUUAGUAAGUUUUUCAUGUGUCAUAUAUACACACGUUUCAUCUUCUUUUCCUAGGAGUGUUUUAAGAUGCCUCAGUCGUGUGGUGUUUUGGGAGGAAAGCCCAACCUCGCCUAUUAUUUCAUUGGAUUUAUCGAUGAUGAGUUGAUCUAUCUGGACCCUCACACUACGCAGCAGGCCGUGGAUACUGAAUCAGGCAGUGCUGUGGACGACCAGAGCUAUCACUGUCAGAGGACCCCACACCGCAUGAAAAUCACUAGCCUGGACCCGUCUGUCGCGCUGGUGAGAGCUCAAACCACGUCACUGCCAAACGAGAAGUGAAUUCGUCUGAGACGCAGCUCUCUGUGAACACAAGCAUCCGACGUGUGCAUGCGAACACAGAAAGCUGGAUCAGACAGUAGCGCUUCAAUGCACAAAAACACACACAAUUAUGUAAAUGCCC